AAGGAUUCCAGGCUCUCUCCUAGCGGUGAUUAAAGGCUGGGAUUGCAUGCACAUGCUGAUUCAUGGCCUUUCGAAAGCUGGUCCAGCUAUCAUUUUGCUUCUGCUUCCUGCAAAGUGUAUUAGUAACCACUAGGGGGAAGGAGACUGCUAGUCCUCUCAACUACUACACCAUAGAGAUUGACGAGGGAGAGGACACAGCCAGGGACGUGGCUAAAAGGAAUGGCUUAGACUACAUUCUACCGGUUGGAAAUCUAAAAGGGUUCCACAUCUUGAAGAUUCAAAAUCAACAAAUCGGAAAGAGAAUCUCAAAAAGGAGCAGAAAGCAGUUGCUGAAACAACUUUCCCAGGAUUCCCAGGGACUGUAUUAUGCAGACCUCUCUUUCAGGGGAUUAAAUGGAUUUGGGUACAAUGCAAGGGGCCAGAAGGCUGUAGCCAGGUUGGUGAUAGCUAAGAGCAGUGGGACCAGUCUUCCAGGCUGCGAUUGGCUUUGCAAAAUCCGGCUCAACUGGUGUGAAUUUAAAUAUGCACACACGAUGGAAGAGCAUGAGGUGCAGCGGGCAGAUGAAGUCGCCGAUGGCAAUAUGAGUGACAGACACAGUCCGGACACAUUUGAGAGUGAGCUUGCAGCGCAGCUGGCGGCUCUUCAGCCUGUUACAGGAACAAUUGACGUUACCCCCUCGGCACUGAAAGCCAGCACGCCACUUCUAGUCAAAUGGGUACAACAGCAUUAUGUUCAUGAAGUGGAAAAACGAGACAAGUUUAUUUUCUUCAAUCACUCAUUACUUCAAGAUGGCAAUUCUGAUUUAAACUCUGGAUCAACAAAUCUCAGUGAUGACGAGGAUCCAGUGAAGAAAGAUUUUAUCCAUAGAGAGGUCUUCAAAGUAUUGGACUCCAAAAGGGUAAUAGGAAAUGCACUGAAGUUCAAUGACCCUUUGUGGCCUUCACAGUGGGUGUUGUUCAACACUGGCCAGACCCCUGGACCAAAAGGAUUUGACAUUAAUGUGAUGCCAGCUUGGAAGAAAAAUAUAACUGGCGCUGGAGUAGUUGUGACAAUCAUAGAUGAUGGUGUUGACCACAGAAACACAGAUCUGAAGAAAAAUUAUGAUCCUAAUGCCAGCUUUGAUUUCAAUGAUUACUUCGAUGAAAAGCAUGAUCCAAUUCCAAAUUCUAUGAAUGAGCAGAAUGGUCAUGGAACUAAAUGUGCUGGAGAAGUAGCAAUGGAAGCCAACAAUAGCUUCUGUGGAGUUGGUAUUGCAUACAAUGCAAAUAUUGGAGGCAUUCGCGCCUUAGAUGGAAUAGUGACUGAUGCCAUAGAAGCAGCAGCCCUCACCUACAAGAACAAUUAUAUUGAUAUCUACAGCUGUUGCUGGGGCCCCAAAGACAAUGGGGAGAACCUUGAUGGCCCCAAAGUAUUAACAUUCAAAGCACUUCAAGAAGGGGCAGAGAAGGGUCGUAAUGGUAAAGGGAAUAUUUUUGUGUGGGCGUCAGGAAAUGGAGGUUUGGUCUACGAUCACUGCGGCGCUGAUGGAUAUGUGAAUAGUAUUUUCACAGUGGCAGUUGGAGCUGUUAGUUAUCAGGGUCUCAGUACCUUCUACACAGAGGCUUGUUCAGGAAUUAUAGCAGUAACUCCUACAGGAGGAUCAAGUGAAAUACCCUUUCAGUCUGCUUUGUCUCCUGAACUCGAAAUGGUGACAACAGAACUUGAUAAUCAAUGCACCACAACCUUCAAAGGUACUUCCAGUGCAGCUCCAAUAGCAGCUGGUAUAAUUGCACUGGUCCUUCAGGCCAAUCCUAAUCUCACAUGGCGAGAUGUGCAGCACCUGAUUGUUCAAACCUGCAAAAUCACUGACCCCAUGAACGAAGGCUGGAAGAUUAAUGGAGCAGGCUACCAUGUUCAUCACAAAUAUGGAUUUGGUCUGCUUGAUGCUGGGCGAAUUCUGAAGGAAGCUGUUACGUGGAAACCAGUUGGUCCUCAAAGGCAAUGUGUGAAUCAUUAUGUUUUUCAACAACAAAGAUCUAUUCCCACAAAAGGUUCUCUGAUGCUGAGUCUGAAAACAAAUGCAUGCCAGGGAAAAGAGAAUGCGAUUGACACACUCGAGCAUGUAGAGGUGACUGUCACCAUAUCAAGCGUUUGCCGUGGAGACUUAAGCAUUCAUCUCACCUCCCCAAAUGGUACCAAAUCUGAACUCCUGGGAUUUCGUAAGGCUGAUAACAGCAAAAUGGGACUAAUCAACUGGACAUUCAUGACCGUCCACUCCUGGGGAGAGAACCCCAAAGGCAAAUGGGAACUUACAAUUACUGAUCUUUUUGGUUCCGUUCUGAAAUGUUACCGAAAGGACAAGGACUUGAUAUCAGGACAUAUCAACAAGUUUAUGUUAACCUUGCGGGGAACCUAUAAGGAUGAAAAACGAGGAAUUAAGGAUGAUGUCAAAAAUCUCCAGGAUGAAGACGAUGAAGACUUAAUAAAUCUCAAAAAUCUAAUGAAGGAAAACAAAAUUGACAGCCGACUGGGUGAAGCAUUCUAUCGUGAACAUAAGAGAAAGGUGGAAGCAGACGAAAUUCCUUACACCUGGUCAGAUCCACAGUUAAUUCAUGAUGCAAAACAGUUAAAUGAUCAAAGCUCUAGUCUGGGAAGAGAUCUGCUGUACAAAUGGUACAACUUUAAAAUUUCCAAGACUAUUCGUCAAAAGAGAUCAUGGUUAGCUGAUAAAUCUGAUGGGCAGCCAGAGGUUCUCGAUGACGUUUAGUUGGAAUCUGAAAGAAGCGACGUUCAGCCAGCAGAAGAAUAGAGCAAGAAUCUGACAUCUUCACUGAACGUUUUCUCAAGUAAUAGAAAAAGCCAGAGAUGGAAAAUAUGAAGAAAACCCAUGCAGGAAUAAUUUAAGACAAGAAUAUUCAUAAUGACACAAAGCAAUACCUCUUUAAUUUGACACUCUUUGGGUUGUUGCUCUUUUGAAAGCAAAACAAUAACAGUUUUAAUCCUCUCAUACAUGGCUCUAAAGAAACCAAUUGAACAAAAUAUCCAGAGGAAUAUAUAUUGCAUAAACCAAACAGCUGGAGGAAUCCACUAAGUCAAGCAGCAUCUGUGGAGGCAGAGAGGUAGUCAACAAGCCCCGUAACAUUAACUACCUCUUUGCUACCACAAAUCCUGCUUAAGCUACUCAGCUGCUUCAGCAGUUUCUCACUCCAGAAUGUAGCAUUUACAGUCUUUUCUGUCUCCAUUGGAAAGCAUAUUACAUAUUAUCAGGAUGUGUGGGGUUACAGUUUUGCACUGGUGCUAAAGGCAAAUUCUUGCUUCACAGUCCCAAUAGAAAGUAAUAAUGAAAAUAUUUCACUCAAAUGACUAUUUUCUGAAACUAUUUUUAAGAAGUUCAUGAACUUACUAUCCAAAACAUAUCCAAUAGAGUUGCACCCCAGCCCACCAGACUUAAUAAUAGUUUCUCUUUGACUAACUUUUAUUGUUUUCCAUCUGGAGUGACUAUAAGAGUAAACUAUUUUUGGUUCCUGGAUCUAGUUAUUAACAAUAUCUAAGCUCAGAACAUAGAACAGGCAAUUCAGCCAUUAAUGUCUGUGUGAGAGGAGUCUCUAAUUCAUUAAUGUUCAAAACUAUGACCUUGUAUAAUAUUUGAGUUUUGUUUAUUCUGAUUCAUCAGUAGAACAUUGGCAGAAGAUGCAGAAAUGGAUAUUAUGACCUUAGAUUGUGAAUUCUGUUUUAGUGUUUACAAAGCUUAAAAUGCGGUUUCCAUACUAAAGCCUUCAAAUGAAGAUAUAACUUUGUUUGAACUUCUCAGUCUAAAAAUAACAAAAUAAUAAUGUUUCUAACCUGAGCUUUUAAAUUCUCCCCUAACUUUUGAGAGUGCACAGCCCCAUUUAUUUUCUGAGCUUGUCAGCUGACUCUGCUGUUAAUGCUGUUGUAGCAUAUGAAGUGAGGUGCAAUAUUUAUCUGCACCUGAUAACCCAAAUGAAAAUAAUCCUAGCUCAACCUGCCAAAUUAUAUAGGAGCCACCAUCUCAGCAAAGCUUUGGGCAGCGUUACUAUUUCCUCUCCUAUUUCUGGAAGUAGCAAAAGGUGAAAGCAAUGGGCCAAGACCCUUCGUCAGGUCUGAAACGUUGACUGCUCAUUUCAACGGAGGCUGCCCAACCUGCUGAGUUCAUCCAGCUUGUUUGUACAUGUUGAUUUGACCACAGCAUCUGCAGUGUACUUUGUGAAAGUAAUGUGCUGCCUUCAGCUUCAAAACAGCAUGAAGGAGCAGGUAUCAAAUCUGUCCCUGAUGGCUAGUGCUAAACUCUUAAUAUAGUAACCAGUGGCUGCACAGUGUGCUUCAGUUCCACUGAAGUCUGAAGGACUGACUUGCAAAAGUGGAAUACAAAACAUGGACACUACCAUACUGCAUGUUUAGUAUCAGCAAUCAAGGAUAAAUUCCUAACCAACUCAUAAAGACUCCUCAAGUAAUUAAACUGAAUUGCAUAAACUUCUCAUAAAGUUAUUUAAGUUAAUCUAAAAAAUAAAGCUAAAAUUAUCUUGCUACAAGAACUAGAAAUAUUAUCUUCAAAAUGGUAUAAUUAAGAAGAAACUGUACUUGGUUUAUAAGUUUUGGACCUCUUCUUCAACCACUGUAGCCAGAUUAAGACUUUGAAUCUCAUCUGGAACUGAGAAUUGCCAGCAUAUGCUGAGUGGACAGGGAUUCCUGGGACAGGAAAGGUGGGAUGAUUUGAUGACAGAUUCUAGGAGGAAAGUGAGGUGUGUUAGUUGGGGAGUGAACAGUUGACUGUUGUACCAGUACUCUGUGCCCUCACGUUAUAAAAUUAAAAUGAGUCAAAGCCAGCAAGGUGAUGCCAGCUGAGAGUUUUCUCAUUCUAACCGGGAGACAACAAUUGCACUACACCAUAGCAUAGAAACGUACAGAGCUGUCAUUAAGCAGGUGUGAAACCAAAAACUAUUUUGCAUCAAUUAACUAUCAUGUCUGAAAACAAAUUAAUACUUUAAAAAGAUUGUGAUUUGUGAAUGGAAUUUUUAUGCCUCUGCUAGUAACAAAUUUUGUGCUUUUUUAAGUCCAGAACAAUAGCCUUAUUUUUUCCUAGGAAUUAUCAUCACAUAAACCUUUAAGUAUCACUUCAAAAUUAUAUACAUAAUGACAGUGGCCAUCCGGGCUAGGUUACAAAUGACCGAGUAAAUGGAGUCUUAAAAUACAAAAAAAAAGAUCACUUAGAAAGACAUCUUCCAUUAUGAUUCAUAAUGCAGAAAGUGCUACAUCAAGAUUUCUUCAUAAUACAAUAAUCUAUAAUUUAACAUUACUGGUGGAAAAUGUAGCUGUCAUUGGUUAUUAAUAAAAUAGAGAAUCAAAUUCUCCUAUGAGCUUGAUCAUAAAAUAAAACCAAUUUUUUUAGGAAAGGAUAACUCUCAUUGGAUGCUUCCACUAACUUAUCAUAAAACAUUUAUAUGAUUUUUUCCUGAACAUAAUCCUGCUCAUUUUUGUUAAUCAUUUGAUUGUAGAUAAUUUUACAGUGCUAUGCCACAAUAAUUUGAUCCACUUAUCUUUAAGUUUUGUUGGCCGUGUGUUCAAUUGCCUACUUAAAAGAUGAAAGAAGAACUAAUAUCUUAAGGAAUUUUCACUGCACAGAGUCAUGCAGUUUUUUAAACUCCAAUUAAAUAUGUUACCCUCUAUUACUGGCCAUGGCAUGACCAUUAGAUCAAAUGUCAGAUAACUAAAGAAUAUGUAAUGAAGAGUUAAUUUCUGCAUCUCCAGAUACUAAACUUUGAUCCACAGUCAACCAAUAAAUUGCUUCUUGGACAAUUCAGGAAACUUGUAGGAAUCUCAAUCUCUAACAGCCCCACAAAAUCCCACAGAUUGGCUUAUAAUGCAGCAUCGAAAGGAUUCUCACAGUCAAAAUUCAUUGUCUAUUUAUUACUGAUUACAUAUUUUAGGAAAACUAAUAAUGUAGCUUUAAUAAAAAGUUAUAUAAUGAAAUAAUUUGAAACAUGACUUUAACUUACAAAGAACUGAUAAAGUACAAAAUAUUCACUUAAUUAUUACUGACCUUAGUGGGAAAGUGGAAUUUUGACAUUGCCUGAUAUUGACUGUUUAGUUGCAAUGCUUUAUUUAAAAAGUAAUCCUUUGAAGACACUUACUACCUAGAAAUGUCCUCUGAAAGCAUUGUGAACUCAAAAACUUUGGAACCAGCAGAUGGAAUAUCAGGUUUCUGUGGACAGACGACGUGGAUGAGUACAAUAUUUCUUAAUAUAACCUGGAUAUCUUAUCUUCAUGGCCCAUUUAUGAAGUCUGUUUUUAAAGUAUGUUAUGCUUGGUGUUUGAUUGCUAAAUCAAAAUUCACAAUGUGUUUCACAAUAAUUAUUUAAUGGCAUCAGGGUAUUUUGGGAACUUUUCGAUUUGUGUCCUUUGUGAGUUUUUUUUCAGUUUCUUCUGUUAUUUUCUUUUCUGUCCAAUAAAAUGAAUGAGCAAGCAUAACCUAUGGCCUUUUAUACACAAAUACAUUCUCUUCAUUGUUAGAAUUCAAAAUACCAUAUGAAAAUAAAACAGGUAAAUUAUAUGCUAAGAGCAGAAUACUACAGAUACUGGGAAUUGGAAUUUUUAAACAAAAACCAAAUAUAUAGAAAAUACACUACAGUGCAGAGAGCAUUAGUGAGAAAAACAAUCCACCCACCCAAAUCUAUUCAUGCUGCUAAGUAGGUUUGCAA